AGUACGCUAGUGUGCCAUUCCGAACACAGCCAGUGUCUCGUGAUGGGGGCGGUUUGGCGUCAGUCUUUCCCUUCUGGAGUCUGACGCACUCCGCCCAGCCAAUAAGCUCAUGUAGCACUUCGGCCCCCGAGCCCGCUGUGGAGGCAGGAUUUCUUCAAAUAAAGAUGGCAGAUGUUGUUGAAGGAGACGGCACUCGCUCCGCUGGCCCUUCCACGCUUCACUCGGCGGCUCGCAACGGCUCCGGCAUGAGCUCGGGAACGUGCGCCGACGGCCUCGUAGCGACCACGGUCACCUCCGGGCCUCGGUUGGUCCGCAUCGUCAAGUCGGACUCGGGCUAUGGCUUUAACGUCCGCGGGCAAGUAAGCGAAGGAGGGCAACUGAGGAGCAUCAACGGCGAACUUUACGCCCCGCUGCAGCACGUCAGCGCCGUGUUACCGGGCGGUGCGGCAGACCGAGCCGGAAUCUCAAAGGGCGACCGUAUUCUUGAAGUAAAUGGGGUGAAUGUGGAAGGGGCCACUCAUAAGCAGGUGGUAGAUCUAAUCCGAGCAGGAGAGAAAGAGUUAGUCUUGGCCGUCCUGUCGGUUCCUCAGCCAGAGACGGACAGCCUUGAUCCCGGGGACGAUGGCUUAUCUCAGUCCUGCUAUGACUACAGCGACAAGCAGGCCGUGCCCAUCUCCGUGCCCACCUACAAACAUGUGGAACAGAAUGGAGAGAAGUUUGUAGUCUACAACGUGUACAUGGCAGGCAGGCAGUUGUGCUCAAAGCGUUAUCGUGAGUUUGUCAUCUUGCAUCAGAAUCUGAAGAGGGAAUUUGCCAACUUUGCGUUUCCCAAGCUGCCGGGGAAAUGGCCUUUCUCCCUGUCUGAGCAACAGCUAGACGCUCGCAGACGAGGGCUGGAGGAGUACUUGGAGAAAGUGUGUUCUGUUCGGGUAAUCGGAGAGAGUGACAUCAUGCAGGAGUUUUUGUCUGAGUCUGAUGAGAAUUAUAAUGGUGUUUCUGAUGUGGAGCUAAGGAUAGCCAUGCCAGACAAAACUACAGUUACGGUUCGGGUGCGAAAGAAUUGCACAACAGACCAGGUCUACCAGGCUGUUGUUACAAAAAUUGGGAUGGACAGCAUUACUGCAAGUUAUUUUGCUCUGUUUGAAGUCAUUAACCACUCCUUUGCACGCAAGCUGGCCCCUAAUGAGUUCCCACAUAAGCUCUAUGUGCAGAACUAUACAUCUGCCAUCCCAGGCACCUGCCUCGCGCUUCACAAGUGGCUCUUCACCACGGAAGAAGAGAUUCUGCUCAACGACAAUGAGCUGGCCAUCAACUAUUGCUUUCAUCAGGCUCUGGAUGAUGUGAAAAAGGGAUUCAUCAAAGUGGGAGAGAAGUCCUACCAGCUCCAAAAGCUCACUGAACAGAGGAAAAUGACCAUGUAUUUAAGUAUUCUGAGGACUUGUGAGGGCUACAAUGAGAUCACUUUCCCGCACUGCUCCUGUGACUCGCGUAGGAAAGGUCACGUCGUUACGGCCAUAAGCAUCCGCCACUUUAAACUCCAUGCGUGCACAGAGGAUGGCAUUCUAGAGAAUCAGGUUAUAGCUUUUGAAUGGUCAGAGAUGCAGAGAUGGGACACGGAUGAAGAGGGAAUGGCUUUCUGUUUUGAGUAUGCGCGAGGCGAGAAGAAACCUCGCUGGGUCAAAAUCUUCACUCCAUAUUUCAACUACAUGCACGAGUGCUUCGAGAGAGUCUUUUGUGAGCUCAAAUGGAGAAAAGAGGUUGAAGAGGAGGCCACGGACAAGGACAAUAAGAACUGCAGUAAAGAUGAAUAUCUUCCAACUGUUGAGACACAGAAGGGAUGGAGGCACAUGAACGAAGAGAUCAUCUCCUCUUGAAUUCUCAGAUACACACACACUUACACUAAAAGCUGCAUACAGAGACUCCGAAAACAUUUCAAACCAGUCCCAUAUGCUCACAUGUACUCCACUACUGAUACACACUUACUGAAAUAGGAAGAUACGAAGCAGGAAAUGACACAACCACAGUACAACGAUCAAAAUAUGGAACUACAAGAGACUUUGAGACUUACGCCAUCAUUUCACUGGACUGGACAGAAUUAAUGUUGGACGUACUGACACUGACACUGAAAGACUGUGAUGCUCCAGUGGACAGACAUGGUGAAGUGAUAUCUGAUGAACACAUUCAUGUCAUGUGACUGGUCACAAGACGCAGUCUUCAGAUGCAGACAACUGAGAGACAGCUGUGCUUCUGCGGAGUGUGUCAAUUUAAAGACAUGGAAAGGUCGGCGGUCUGACUAAUGCAUCAUCCUGACACUAACACAUGCACCUGUGAGGGCAGGGAUGCUCUUUCAGAAUGUAUCAAU